AUGGCCAUGGCUUACCCAUACAAUCAACCUCUUGAGGUGAUUCACAAUGCCUACUCUCCUCAACAGACAUCUGAGAUAGUAUCGCGAAUGGGAGCUGCAAAGGCUCGCAUGCGUAUCGACAAAAUCUUUGUGAGCGCCUUCAUGGCAGGAGCAAUCCUCGCAUUUGCUUGUGCUGCGGUCUCAGUAGUCAACACGGCCCCAUGGUAUCAAGAAAACGCUCCUGGUGUCAUCAGAUUGUUCUCGGCUCUCAUCUUCCCCUUCGGUCUCGUCGCCAUCAUCCUGACCGGUGCAGACCUAGCUACUGGCAGUUUCUUGUUCACAACAGUGUCGACACUUCAUCGCCGCACCAGCAUCCUCGAAAUGCUCCAACACUGGACUAUUACUUUCUUUGGUAACCUCGCUGGCUCCCUCUUCAUCAUGGGCAUCGUCAUCGGGUACGGCGGCAUCCUCGACGACGCCGCCUACCGCGCCCAGACCGUCAAGUUCGCAGCCGCCAAAGUCGCCAAGCCCGAAUGGCAUCAAAUCUUCAUCCGCGGCAUUGGCGCGAACUGGCUGGUCUGUCUCGCCUGCUUCCUCUCCUGCGGUGCCAGAGAGAUGUUCUCCAAAAUCGUUGCAAUCUGGUGGCCAACCUUUGCCUUCGUCAUCCUUGCCUUUGACCAUCUGAUCGCGAAUAUGUUUUACAUCCCUAUGGGUAUCUUCUUGGGAGCAGAUAUUAGUGUCGGACUGUACAUCUGGAAGAGCAUGAUCCCUGCCUUAUUGGGCAACAUAGUUGGUGGAGGCUUGUUUGUUGGUGUUGUCUACUGGUACAUGUACCUGGCUGGUAAUCCUAGCCCUAUCUUAAUUGAUGGAACUAGCUAUGGGGGACCUACAACGUCCUUGUUCGGUGUCAAUGCCGAUGUCGAGACGCCACCUCAGACGAGAGUAGAUUCUGACAAGACCAGCAUGGCUUGA